UGUUAAGGUAAUUAGAUAAAGCAGUUAGAUAAUUAUGUUUGCAAGUAACCAAGUCAGACAUUUGUCAAAUUUUAUUAGAUGUCAUAAGGUAAAUGAUUACUCAUCCCUGGUAACUAAUUAAAAUUCUUUGUAUUCAUUCUUUUAUAUUUAUGGGAUAACAAUGCUCUCACAUCACAUCACUGUACUAAAUCACUAUUAGAAUAAUUAAGAUCAUCUUAAUGUUAAUAAGCAUGCUUUUAUAAUUACUACACCAUAAAUAUAAUCGGAACUGUUUGGUCUACAAUAUUGUUUACUAUUUUUGUAAUUUUAUCUGUAUUUUUGACUGUUUGUGCCACAAUAAAUGAAAAAAAAAAAAAUUGUAUCAAAGUUACCAGUGACCAGCGGGGCUAGCAUGGCAUGCGCGGCGCUGUUUUUAUCGCGCGACAAACUACAACUGAUUCGCCUUUUAUUAAGGCACUAGCUGUUCCCGCGACUUCGUCUGCGUGAAAAGUUAUUUUGGGCAUCAUUAAAGCCCUUAAGGAUGAAUAAUUUUCCUCGUUUGUUUCACAUUUUCCAUUAUUUAUUCGCUUCUUAUAGUUGCAGCGUGAUAUUAUAUAGCCUAAAGACUUCCUCGAUAAAUGUUCUAUUCAACACAAAAAUAAUUUUUCAAUUCGAACCAGUAGUUCCUGAGAUUAGCGCGUUCAAACAAACAAACUCUUCAGCUUUAUAAUAUUAGUAUAGAUGACAGGGACAGCAAUAGUUUAACGGGAUAAAAACUGCGUCGCGCAUGUCAUGCGCCCCGCAAGAAGUGAUCGCAUUGAUGUAAUGAGCUUUCAAUAAAUAAAAAUAUACAAUAAUCUAAACAAAUCAAAUAACGGGUAACGUACGAGUUCAUGAUAAAAUGCAAUUAUUUACAUGAACUUAUUAUCAAAGUGCUAUAUAAAUUACCAAGAGAAUCUGUUUACUCGAUUAUUGAGUGGAUUCAUAUAGUGAAAACAGUCAGCUAUUAAACAUGUGGUUUACAAUUAUAUUACUUUCAUUUAUAAUACUUUUAAUGACAUUUUAUAUGAUGGGCAAGUAUAAUGAAAACUAUUGGAAGAAACGUGGUGUUAAAUUUCACAAUAAAAAUAAAGUCUUUGGUGUAUUUUGGGACUUUUUGACGAAGGACAAAGCAAUGUUUCAAAUAAUUGGCGAUCUCUACAAACAAUAUCACGACGAACCGGCUGUUGGUUUCGGCGGUCUCCUGACACCAUCAUUACUUGUGAAUGAUGCUCUCAAUAUUCAACACAUUUUUCAAACAGAUUUCCAGGCAUUUAGCCAUCGAGGACUUGAGGUCAAUGAAGAUGAUCGUCUAGCUGAUAACAUUCUGUUCAUGAAUGGCAACAGAUGGAAACUGGUGCGGCAAAGUAUGACACCAAUCUUCACCAGUACAAAACUGAAGCAAAUGUUUUAUAUAAUGGACAAAAGUGGAAUUGAUUUUAUAACUUAUCUCAAAAAUAAUCCAAAAAGAUUGAAAGGAAACGCUUUUGAUUCAAUAUCGACAUUUUGUUGCGCCGCUAUAGGAGCUGCUGUGUUUGGUGUGGAAUCAGAAUCGGUUUUCGAUUCCCCAUUUUUAGAUGUCGCUACACGAGCUUUCAAAUCUACGUUUAAAACUAUUAUAAAGACGACGAUCAUGAAUUUAAGUCCAUGGUUAUCACGAAAAUUAAAACUGAAGCUUUUUUCUGAGUAUGAACAAUUCUUCAUUGGUGCUAUUAAAACAAUUAUUCGCCAAAGAGAGCAAGAAAGUGGCAAUAAACAUGAUUUUGGAGACAUGUGUGUUGUUUUACAAAGAAAUGGCCCAUUGAAAGAUCGGGACACAGGUCUCGAGAUAGAGCCUACCGAUGAGCUAUUAUCUGGACAAGCUUUCUUUUUCUUUUUAGCCGGGGUUGAUCCAAGUGCUGCUGCUAUAUAUGCUUGCUUAUUAGAACUGGGUCGGAAUCCUGAACACCUAAAAAAAGUUCACAACGAAAUAGAUAGAACAUUCGAGGAGCUGAAUGAUAAUUUGACAUAUGAUUCUGUCAUGAAAAUGGAACAUUUAGAAAAGGUGUUAUGCGAGAGUUUGAGGCUGCUUCCACCUAUAGGGUUUUUAGUAAGACAAUGCGUCGAAGAUACUGUGUUACCUGUAGGUAAUAUUAAAAUACAGAAAGGUACUAAAGUGUUUGUGUCAGUGUAUGAACUGCAUCAUGAUCCUAAAUAUUAUGCAAAUCCAGAAGUAUUUGAUCCUGAGAGAUUUGCGUCAGAGACACCACAAGAUAGUAGUAUUUACAUGCCUUUUGGCAAAGGCAACAGACUUUGUGUCGGUAUGAGAUUUGCUCGACUGCAAGUAAAAACUGGACUGAUACAUUUUCUUAGGCAUUUCACUGUGAAAACAAAAAUAAAUGGAGAUAAUCUUUGUUUCCGAAAAGAUCAAAUUCAAGUGAGGCCUUACAAUGUAGACAUUGAAUUUAUACAAAGAAACUUACAAUAAUAACAAAAGAUUGACAAGAUUUUUAGAAAGCUUUACCAUAUUAAUAUAGUCAAUUUGAUGUAAGCACAAUUAGAAUAAAAUACAAUUAGACCGUGACAACCAUUGCUAGGACGUUAAUAAUAUUGUAUACUUUAUGUUUGUAUUAUUUGUAUGAAACUUCUUUUCUCUUAAAAAUGGCUAUAAUAUAUAUGCUUUUGAUAAAACAAAAAAAAAGAUGUCUUUGACUGAACUUUAUUUAAAGCAGAUAAAAUUAAUUAAUAU